GCUCACUAUGCAGUAAAGUCAAUUACGAACUAGGGUUAAUUACAUCAAUCCCACCAAACUGCGUUCUCAUUCUUUUGUUGCUCGCGAAUCGCCUUGCCUCCAGAUUCCGUCGGCGUUGAGUGCUGUCGAUAGCAUGCUUCUGUUCGGUUAAGUUUUCGGUGAACUUGCUUAGUUUAGGGUUUCAAUUAAAUGGAGGGCUGCCGUGCUACAGCUAGUUCUCAGGCCAUUAAGCCGAUAAACAAAGGCGUAGUUCAUAGGAUCUGCGCGGGGCAAGUAAUUUUGGACCUUUCGUCUGCUGUGAAGGAACUAGUAGAGAAUAGCUUGGACGCCGGCGCUACUAGCAUCGAGAUCUGUCUCAAAGAAUACGGCGAAGAGCGGUUUCAGGUCAUCGACAACGGAUGCGGUAUCUCUCCGGACAACUACAAGGUUGUCGCACUUAAGCAUCACACUUCAAAGAUGACCAAUUUCACGGAUCUUCAAUCUCUGACAACAUAUGGUUUCAGAGGGGAGGCGAUCAGCUCUCUGUGCGCGUUAGCAGAUGUUACCAUUGAGACCCGAACCAAGAAUGAGACUAUAGCUGCUCAUCUUAGUUUCGAUCAUUCCGGUGUACUGAUUGGUGAAAGGAAAACAGCGAGGCAGGUUGGGACCACCGUGACGGUUACGAAGCUGUUUUCCAAUUUACCAGUGAGAAGCAAGGAAUUCAAGCGAAACAUACGCAAGGAAUAUGGGAAGCUUAUUUCUUUGCUGAAUGCAUAUGCACUUAUUGCUAAGGGCGUUCGAUUUGUUUGUAGCAAUACAACUGCCAAAAAUGCAAAGUCCGUGGUACUGAAAACGCAGGGAAGUGAUUCAUGGAAGGACAAUAUUACAACUGUUCUUGGUGUGAAAAUAUUCUGCUGCUUACAGCCCGUGAAUAUCGAUAUGCCAGAUGGCUGCAAGGUUGAUGGCUUCGUUUCUAAACCUGGACAGGGGAGUGGUCGUAAUUUGGGAGAUAGGCAGUACAUUUUCGUAAAUAGCCGUCCAGUUGAUAUACCUAAGGUCAACAAACUUGUCAACGAGUUAUACAAGGCUGCCAACUCCAAGCAAUAUCCUAUUGUGAUUAUGAAUUUCAGUCUGCCAACCAAAGAAUGCGAUGUCAAUGUCACUCCUGAUAAAAGAAAAGUAUUCCUUUCUGCUGAGACCUCCAUCCUGCUCGCUCUCAGGGAGGGUUUGAAUCAAAUUUAUUCCCCUACUAGUGCCUGUUAUACUGUCAAUAACUUUGGGGAUAACACCAAGGUACCAGAUAGCAUUAAGUUGUCUUGUUCCGAGAGAAAGCCUCCGUUCCUGGCAAAUCAAGGGUCUUCUGCAGAUCACACAGGCAACAUGGAGAUUCAUGUGGAUGGGCAUGGGACAGAGGGAAGUAGUCCUCUUGAUGGUGUCGAAACUGAACCUGGGCCAUACGAUAUCAGCAAAAGAUUGAUUGGUAGUGUUGAUGAGGAGUUUGCAAUGAAGGGAUACUCUCUCGGAAUGCAUCGGCUUAAGAACAGUGAUUUGUCAAGUAAGAGUACAAAAGACACAAGCCGCCUCAAUGUUGAGAUGAAUCAAAAUUCUUCAUCAGCCAGUGGAGUUAUUGAGAAAGUUUUUCACAAUAAAGAUUGCAGUGUUCCUCUAUCCACUGUCCAAUCAACACUAAAUAAGUUUGUAACGGUAAAUAAGAGAAAGUAUGAAGAUAUUUGUCCAGCAGUAUCCGAAAUUCCUCUUCUAAGGGAACAAAUUGGUCAGUCUACUCCGAAGAAAGGAAAUUCUGGUAUCUGCGGGAAAGAUAAAUGCCUCUGUCUUAGUCAUUCCCAAAGUGGUUGUACUGAUAAAUUGAGCGAGAACGAGACAUCCAAGAACCUCACAGCUGUUAAGUUGAGUGAUUCAUUACUGUUUGGAAGAUCUGCAAGUGAUGAUAAAGGGAGAAAGGAUGCUGGAGUUGAAGGGAACACAUUAUUUACUGUGGAAGCUUCUGGGGGAGUUUCAAAUGCGAUGGUUGAUACUCCAGUGCUCCCCUCUUCAAACAAGAAAUGUUCCACGGUGCGUUUUAGUUUUCAAGAUAUGAAAGCAAAGAGGAAGCAGAUACUUUCAAGAUUGAAGUCCCACAGCUGUGCUACCGACAGCUAUAAGAUUAAAAGUCACCGGAGCUAUGCUGCUGCCACGUUGGAGGUUUCUCAGUGUGAUGACGAGGAGCGUAAAUCUAAAGCUUUGGCGGCUGCAACUACUGAGUUGGACAGACUUUUCAAGAAAGAUGAUUUUGGCAGAAUGAAGGUGAUUGGACAAUUUAAUCUUGGAUUUAUCAUCGGUAAGUUAGAUCAAGACUUGUUCAUUGUGGACCAGCAUGCUGCCGAUGAGAAGUACAAUUUUGAGCGGCUGUGCCAAUCAACCAUCCUGAACCAGCAACCGUUGCUUCGGGCGUUGAGGUUAGAGCUCACUGCAGAGGAGGAAGAAGUCGCAGCAAUGAACAUGGGCAUAAUCAGGAGAAAUGGGUUUUCUUUGGAAGAAGACCCAAAUGCGCCCCCAGGAUUCCGUUUCCAACUGAAUGCUGUUCCUUUCAGCAAGAACAUAACUUUUGGAGUUGAAGAUGUGAAAGACUUGAUUUCUACUCUAGCUGAUAGUGAAGGCUCAGUAAUCAGCAGCUACAAAAUGGACACCAUUGACUCUGUGUGCCCACUCAGAGUAAGGACAAUGUUGGCUUCGCGUGCAUGCCGAUCGUCAGUUAUGAUAGGCGAUCCGCUAGGCAGGAACGAGAUGAGGAAGAUAGUGGAGCAUUUGGCGGGUCUAAAAUCGCCUUGGAACUGUCCUCAUGGCCGGCCAACCAUGCGCCACCUAGUUGACUUGACAUCUAUCUACCUUAAAUCUCUCAACGCCUUUACUUAAAUUUAUUUUGUAAUAGGGCUGUUACUGACUUACUGUAAAAGCUUCUCUGUCAGUUUCUUUCUACGUGUAAGAUACAUUGAUGGUGACUGUUUUCUUGGUGUUCUGGAUUUGUUUCAACUUUCAAUCCAAUGCUGACUGGUGAGCAGUGAUAAUUUUCACAGGGUGUUCUCUUCAAAAAUAAAAUAAAAUUAUAUAA